AUGACUUACAGUUGUUUUGGUGUUUCAAACAACAGUUCAAACUGCAAUUAUAUUUGUGGAAGUAACGAACCAGAAGAUGAAGAGAACGAAGGUGAUGAAGACACUGAUGAUGAUGAAGACAACAACAAUGAAGACGAUGAAGAUGUUCAAAAUGAUGAUGAAAUUGAUCCAAUGGGUGUUGGCUCAAGUGACGAGGCACCUUAUACAAGUGAUGAUAUCAUUGACGACUAUAGCGUUGAUGGGGAUGUAUCUGGAGACGAAGAAGAAGAAGGGGCCCAUGCACAAGGUCCUUUGGAGCAUCAAGAAAUUCUUAAUCUCGUCGAUGAUAAUGAAGAUGCUCUAAUGCCAUUCAAUGAAGUUCAAGAAGAUGUGGUCUUUUGGUCGAGAGAAAGAAAUGUGAUAGAAAAAGGAAUGUUUUUUCAAAGCAAGGCGGAACUUGUACACGCUGUUAGGCUUUGGAACAUAAGAGAAAACAGAGAACUUAUUGUUAUGGAUACAAGGCCAACGUUUUGGAAAGCACAAUGCAUGACAAGGGGGAAGAAUUAUCGUGGUGUUCCGGACCGGGUCCCGUGUAGGUGGGUUGUAGUUGGAACAAGCAGAAACAAGUUAGGCAUGUUUCAGAUCACAAAGUGCGUGGAGAGUCACAAUUGCUAUGGAGAAGUGAUAUCUAACAACAACCGAUGUAUGACAGCAAGUAUGAUUGCUUCUGAAAUUUUGCCUAACGUGCGGGAAGAGUUAACUUAUAAAGUCAGACAGAUCCAGGCGCAAGUAAAAGCAACUUUCAAUGUGGAUGUGAGCUACGCCAAGGCGUGGAAUGCAAGAAGGAUAGAAAUUGAAAGGUUGUAUGGAACUUGGCCGAGUAACUUUGAUGUAUUGCCCAAGUAUGUUGCCGAAUUACAACGUUCUAACCCUGACACUGUUGUGGAAUGGCUCCAUUCUCCAACUAGUUCAAGCUACAUACAAGAAUUCAAGUUUGUAUUCUGGGCUUUUGGACCGGCGAUUAGAGCAUUCCAACGUUGUAUUCCAGCGAUCUUUGUCGAUGGCACUCAUUUGAAAGGCAGCUACAAGGGUAAGUUGCUAACUGUAGUGACGUAG